GACUUGACCAGAUACGUCACUGUAUCUGAACAGGGAGAAUAGUUUCGUCCGCUUGUCAUUCCCAAAGGAGGAAGAGGGUGUGUUUAGAAAUUUACCUGUUCAGUGCUCUCGUGGGCAGUAACAUAUUUGAACCCUCAAAAUUAACUGAGUUUACUAUCGUCACGUAAAACGCUGGCUUCACUCAGGCGUAAAACGGAGAAGGCGAUAAAGGUACCCCAGCCUGAUGAUCUGUAGCCGCUGCUGAUGCUAAAAAGAUCCUGACACGUGGCUCCAACAUGAGUGUGACAUCGUGGUUCCUGGUGAGCAGCUCAGGCACACGCCACCGGCUUCCUCGGGAGAUGAUCUUUGUUGGUCGAGAUGAUUGUGAGCUUAUGCUGCAGUCUCGCAGCGUGGACAAACAACACGCAGUGAUAAACUAUUCCUCAAACACAGAUGAGCACAUGGUAAAAGACCUUGGCAGCUUAAACGGGACCUUUGUGAAUGACCUCAGGAUCCCGGACCAGACCUACAUCACUCUCAAGCUGUCAGACGUCAUUCGCUUUGGUUAUGAUUCUCAUGUGUAUAUCUUGGAGAAGAGUCAACACAAGGUCCCUGAAGAAGCUCUAAAACACGAGAAGUACACCAGCCAGCUGCAGCUCGGUGUGAAGGCCCUGGAAGCCAAGACAAAAGAAAAACAGCAGCUCCAGAGCUCAGAAAAGAGCAAAGAGGGCAAACCUCAGGCUGAGCAGAAAGCCCAGUCCCUCACAGCUUCCACAGAUUCUCCAGGAUCUAAGCCGACUCCACUAUAUGGCCAACCAUCCUGGUGGGGGGAGGAUGAAGAUCCAUCCAAUCCAAAGCAGAAUAAUGAUGAAAGAAUUCAAGAGUCUCCAGAGCCUUCUAAAGACCCACUCAAAUCUGAGAUCAACGGGUCUGUGUCAGACAGUCAGGCCAAGCCCUUGUUCUCUUCUCGUCAGGAGCCCAACUACUUUGAAAUUCCAACAAAAGAUUUACAGCAGCAGCAGCAGCAGCACUCCAUCAAGAAACCUGAGUCUCAGCUUCACGAGAUUCCAACAAAGGACACAUCAGACCAUGGCAUCCCUUCCACUCCCACACCCCCUGUGGUGCAAAGCCACGCCUCCUUCACGAUCGAAUUUGAUGACUUCACUCCAGGUAAAAUGAAGAUCAAAGACCACGUCACCAAGUUCGCUUUCCGGCAGCAGCGCAAGCAGCCCACCGCCGAGGUUGUAACCACACCUACGGAGGUGAUAUCUGUGGAAAGUAAAGUUUCUGAUUGGCUAGUCCAAAGCAAUGCUAGUAUGAUAAAGAGGAGGACGUCUCUGUGUGAAGAAAUGUAUAGUACCAACAGUGAACCAUCCAUUUUUGAGAUUGCCAAAGAGCACAGAGACGAUGUUAAUCACGCGGAUUUGAGGCAUCUUCCAACCCGAAAUGAUGGUUUCAACCAAUCAGAACCUCAGCUUUCAGAAAUCUUGAGGGCUGACCCAACCCAACACCUUUCCUUCCCAGAUUCUGGGGACUUUUCACCUGAAUCUCAAUCUAUUUCCAUUCAGGGCAAAGCGGAGGCUCACCAAGCCUUUGUCAUUGAAUUCUUUGAUAACUCGCGGAAAAACCGUUCUCAGUCCUUCACCAAUAACAUUCCACCUGAGCCCUCAGGUCUCCAACCCCAUCAGGAAAAAACAAGCAAGAGCUCAAGUCCUUCUGGAGGUAAACAGGCUCCACCCACAUCCUUAUGCACACCUCCAACCCAGCGCUACACGAUCCCACUGAAGGAUGCUUCCCCCACUGGAUUUCAACGAUCUGGGUCUCUACGAAAAGAGAAGACAGAAGACCGCAUCAGCACCGGUUUUUCUUCCCGCUCUUCCUCCUCUGUAACUGUAAGACCCUUUGGUAGCGUAGGCCGGAGAUCCAAACUGUCUCAGGAAUUUACCGCUGAAUUGCGCAGACAGCAGAAACAGAAUUCUUCCUCUAGCUUGGACAAAAGUGCUUCUAGUUCCCCUAAAAUGGCUCACAAAAGGACUGUGGUAAUUUCACAGUUCAGUCAAAGUUCUGCAAGUCCUCCUCCAGUGGAUGAACUUAUCCAGCCUCAGACUUCUUCCCCUGUCCACGAGCCUUUUCCUCUGAAAACACCUGUCAGUUCCCAGGCAUCUCGCACUGUGGAUGUUCAGAGUCAAAGAAAUCAGGAGGAGGACAAUCUGAGUGAUGCAGGAACGUACACUAUCGAAGCAGAUGUUCAAGAUAAAGAACUGGAAGAAGCACGGCGCAAGAUUGAUCAGGUCUUUGGUCUCAGUGAGAGCCCAGAACCAUUGUACGACAGUGAAGCAGAGACAUCAUCAGCGUUUAGGCCUGUUGUUGGUCAGGGCAGGGAGGAGGAUAGGCAGAGUAGCUGUGAGGGCGUGAGGCCAGCUCCAGAGCAGGGACAUGAUCUGAUAAAGGUUCAGGCAGCAGGUGCAGGGUUACUCCAGAGUCCAAAGUGGAAGUGUUGUUGGGCCAGCCUGGCAGACACUUACACAGAAUCUGGCCCGCCGUCUGGCCUCUCUGACAUCGCCUCCCAGAUGGAACUGUCAGGAGAGGUACAGGGUACUCUCAGCCAACGCCAGGACAACUUGGACAAUGCUGAUGGUUCAAAGGCUCGGCGCAGUUUACCACAACUACCACAAAGAGAGAGGAGUGACGCUCCGUUGCCCAGUAUUCAUGUUCACUAUAACCCUAACUCAACAUUUGAAAUAAAAGAAGAGAACCUGAAGCCCGAAGAUGGUAUUUACAGGUUAAUCGUGCAGGAUGACGUAGAGCCAGACAGUCUGAGUGAUGCCAGCAAGUCGGAUGAUGGAUCUAUCGUAGAUCAAUGUCAGCGAAAGCGGUACGAUGAAGGAGACGAGCUUGAAAGUUCUGUGAAGUCUACGUCUUUCUACAUCGGAUCGGAAGAGGAAGUCACAGCGCAACAUGCUGGCGUAAAUUGCAAUACACCCAAGACUGAACAAAAACACACAACUAAAUCCUUCUCAACAGCCACUCUCACCAAACAAAAAGGGGCUCACGACACUGGAAAGGUCAAACCCAAUGCUUCAGAACCUGGACUGGGACUCAGAAUGCAAAGUCCAGAAGGGAGAGAAGCAGCAGUGUCAUUAAUCAGACAGGAGAGCUUUACUAAGGAGGGACCCAUUAAUGCCAAACUGCCAAAUAUUUCUGCUCAUUCUGUUCAAAGAGACCCAGACCCAGGGACUUUUCAAGGCAGCACAGGUCCGGAGACGCAUUCUUACCUCAAACAGACUGAGGAUGCUCUGGCUGUUCUAGAAGCCAAACUGCAAGCAGGACAUCCCAGAAUCACUCCAUCGCCUAUCACAGACUCUCUGUCUGGAGAAUCUGACAUCGAUACCUCCAGUACAAUCAGCCAGCAAAGCAAUAAGACCAAACCAAAAACUUCGAGUGGUUUCCAUCGUGAGAGAUCUUAUACCUUUGGAACUAGCCAGGAUGCAAGUCUCCAGUCUAAAAAGCAGCGCUUGUAUGGAUCAAGCAGCAAUAAGGUGGAGCCAGUCAAGAGGCCAGUGGCCCUGAGAAGAAGCACGGGAAAGCGUGGCUCUGUGGACCUUAGCGACGACACGCAGAGUCUACCGUACUCUGAUCAGGAGUCCAACCACAGCCAAGCUCGCACCAAGUACACAAUCCCCCUUCAGAAGGGGGACGGCAAGACCACAAAAGCAUCUCAGGGUUUAAAUCGUGCCAACAGCUUGUCUGCACCUAGACCCACAAGGGCCUCCAUGCUCCGCCGUGCACGCUUAGGAGAGUCCGACAACGAAGGGAUGGAGACCGACAAGCUGGGCCAGGACGCCAACAGUUUGUCCUCUAAACAGCCCCUGGAAGCAAAGAAACCCUCCCGACUGGAUAUGCUGGCUAUGCCUCGCAGGCGAGCAGGUUCGUUCAACACACCUAGCGACUCUGAUGCCUCUUCCACCGCUCAGUGGACAGGCAAGAGCACAGGAAUGUCCAAUCGCAGCACAGAGUCGAGCAGCAACUCUGUUCAGAGGGCGUCUGCUUCCGGAGCCAAGCCCAUUGAAAGGCCACAGAAGCCGGUCCUCAGUAAAACCCCGCUUACUCGUGCACGCUCGAGCAUCACCAAGUACACCAGCAGCACAGCGAGCUCUCGGAGGCGGCAGAAGGGCUCUGACUAUACUUCUACCUCAGAUGAGGAGUACGACUCAAACUGGAGCCACCUUAAACACAAACGCUCCCAACCUUCCUCAGCUUUUCAAAGUCCACGCGGUCAGCCUUUGGUGGCGAGGCAUCCCAAGCCCCACAGCAGAGACUCUGAAGAGGAAAUCCAGGGAGAGAGCUUCCACAGCUGGUCCACCCACAGUGCUGAGAUCGCUCGGUUGAGUCAAGAUUUGGCCAAAGACUUGGCCAUUUUAGCCAGAGAGAUUCACGACGUUGCAGGUGACGGCGAUUCGCAGGUCUCAGAGGUGGAGAACGGUGCAACUGCAUCCACUGCUGCUCACGAGCAGGUAGCACCGAGAAAAAGUUUGAUCCUGAGUCUAGAAUCUGGAUUAAACCACAGAGUCCAGCUGAGUUCUGCACCGAGACAGGAACCUGAUCUGAGUUUAAUCAACCAUGGACAGAAAUCCAAACAACGAGCUCAAAGCAAAGAGGAGGAUUCCCUGGACAGUUUGGUGCUGAAUCCAGUUUAUCAGGUCAUAAUGGCCAUCAGUGAAAACACGGAGCAACUUUCAGAAAAAAUAAAAGUUCUGUUUCAGGAUAGGAUUAAUAUCUGGGAAGAGAUGGAGACAAGGAUGGAUGCUGAUGGGGAUUUUCCAGAUAUUCCAACUUCAAACAAGGAAAUAAAAUCUAUACUGAAGAAACUUUGCAGUGUUCAGAAACAGCUUGAAGUCAUCAACACCAUCAUGGGGCCCAGCAGUACACAAGAACCUCCCAAGACUUCAGCGCUUCCUGCUUCCUCCUCAUGUGAAGGUAGAUCCUCCAGAGUUCCUCCCUCCCGAGACUGGAGGACAGUCCACUCCGUAUCCAAACGAGGCGGAGGCCCGAGGCCCAGCGAGAGCGUCCGGAGAGCCGCGGUCACCCCAGAGGAUCUCAGGCAGGCUUAUUUAGUCUGAGAUCCGGCACAGACAGCUGGAUUUCUGCCAUAAAUAAACCCAGAUGCUGAUUGUACACAAGUGAAAGCAGGUAAAGGAGAAGUGAGACUCCAGAGGCCUCCAGCUCAUCCAAAGCUGCCCGAGACAUUUCGCUAUGUUUCCGCUUUAAAACACCUCAACCAGAAUCUGUUUACUACAAAUUACUUUUGUUAUAUUGCCAAUGAGAAGACCAACAGACGGGAUUUUUAAAUCAGUGUUAUUGUGUGGUUUACUAAAAAAAUCAGCCUGAGCAGGAGCAUCUCAGGGAAAUCUUUACGUACUUCAGAAAAGUUUGUUUACAGCCCAGUCAUCUUCAGGCAGAGCAUUUCAGUCAAAACGGAGUUUGGUGAUGGAGGGGUAACAACCAUGAAUGCCUGUUCUUUUUUUUCCAUGAAUGAAUGUGUAUUUAUGUUAUGACCCUUUUAUUUACCAGAUCUGUAGAAGAUCGGGGAAACUGUCAGAUUUUGGGAGACUCAGUCGGCUCUAAUGCAUUUUAUGCAAUGUUGCACAGUUGAUAUAUGACACUUAAACCUUAAAGUUAAAAAAAAGGAUGAACUCCAGUAAAAUCACUUGCUGGUUUUGAACUGAAAUUAUAAAUAUAUAAAAUAUUUAAAGCCUGUUUUAUGAGGUGCAUUUUUGUGUCAAAAACAGUUCUGAACGCACACAAUUAAACGAGCUGAACAACAGAUGCACCUCCCUCAGCAUUUGUGUAUUUAUAGUUAGAAAUAUACAUGCUGAGCACUGUCAGAGCAUUGUGAUGCCAGUUUCUCUAAAGUCACAAGUUCUUUUUUGCUGAGUUCUCACAUGACCGUAAAUUUUAGCGAUGAAGUUGUAAAACCUGAGUUUGUUGAGUAAAGAUCUGAUGACUGUUAUGCAGAUUACCUCUUGAUUAUUAUUUUUAUUUUUUUUGCACUAAUGGAAACCUUGUCCCUUCAUCCUAAAAUGCUGCAAAGCUGAAACUUGUUCUUCCAGGUUGAAGAUUGUCGUUUGUGCUGCUGUUGAAGCAGAAAAAGGUUGUUUAUUCUGAAGCAGAUCCUGCUGGUGGGUCUGACUGGGAUGCAUCUACAGGAGCCACCCACGCUGUUUAGUUCAGCUUGUUGACUCAAACAAAAUGUUUUUCUGAAUACAUAGCUGCUACGGGACAACCCACCCUGAAGUUUUACUGUAUCAAAUAAGAAAAAGUUUCAAUAUUUUGAUGGUCAGUUUUUGUUCAUUUUAUUCUGAAAUGAUUGUCUUUUGCUUGCGGAUAUUUAUGUUUGAAAUCAUUUGUAAAUUGUUGAUUUUUAUUUUUGAAUAAAAUUAAUAACCAAA